AUGGGGGGGGUCUGUGUCGUGUGCAAAGGGCAGACCCUUGUGGAUCAGAUGGUAAAAAUUGGAAAGGCAAAUGGGAAAACUCCAGGAACUUACCCCGUCUGUUGCCGGAUAAAGGGAACCGGGAUGGAGUGGAAUGGAGCAGAGCUGAGCGGAACGGAACGGAAUCUCCUGGUUCUUCUGAGGGAGGGUGUGGAUCUCAACCCCCAUGCGGGGAAUCCUGAAAAUCCUUCCAUGUUUCAGCACCAAAUGCCGGGCGGGGGACACCCCAGGUCUGCGUGGCCCCCGCGCCGCCACGCCCAGUGGCCGCCAGAGCCCUGCGAGCAGGGGGAGGAGCCGCCGCCAGUGGAGGCGGAGGAGGUAGAGGAGGCGGAGACGGCGGAGACGGCGGAGAAGGCGGAGAGGAAGGUGGAGGCGGAGGCGAAGGUGGAGGGGAAGGUGGAGGCGGCGGGGAAGGUGGAGGCGGCAGGGAAGGUGGACGCCACCGAGAAGGUGGAGACGGCGGGGAAGGUGGAGACGGCGGAGGGUCCGGGCCGCCGGGCUGAGCUCAAGCUGGAGCCCGAACCCGAGCCGGUACGGGAGGCGGAGCAGCAGCCGAAGGGGGAGCCGAAGCAGGAGCUGGAGGAUGAGAAUCCAGCGCGGAGCGGCGGUGGCGGCAGCAGCGACGAGGUUCCUCCCCCCACCCUUCCCUCCGACCCGUCGCGGCCCCCCGAUCCCUCUCCGCGUCGCAGUCGUGCUCCGCGCCGCCGACCCCGGCCCCGGCCCCAGACCCGGCUCCGUACCCCGCCGCAGCCUAGGCCACGGCCCCCGCCCCGGCCCCGGCCCCGGCGCGGCCCUGGGGGCGGAUGCCUGGAUGUGGAUUUUGCUGUGGGGCCACCAGGUUGUUCCCACGUGAACAGUUUUAAGGUGGGAGAGAACUGGAGGCAGGAACUGCGGGUCAUUUACCAGUGCUUCGUGUGGUGUGGAACCCCAGAGACCAGGAAAAGCAAGGCAAAGUCGUGCAUCUGCCAUGUGUGUGGCACCCAUUUGAACAGACUCCACUCUUGCCUUUCCUGUGUCUUCUUUGGCUGCUUCACAGAGAAACACAUUCAUGAGCACGCCGAGACAAAACAACACAACUUAGCCGUAGACCUUUAUUACGGAGGUAUAUACUGCUUUAUGUGUAAGGACUAUGUGUAUGACAAAGACAUUGAGCAAAUUGCCAAAGAAGAGCAAGGAGAAGCCUUGAAAUUACAAGCCUCCACCUCGACAGAGGUUUCUCACCAGCAGUGUUCAGUGCCAGGCCUUGGUGAGAAAUAUCCAACCUGGGAAACAACCAAACCCGAGUUAGAACUGCUGGGGCACAAUCCUCGGAGGAGAAGAAUCACCUCCAGCUUCACUAUCGGCUUAAGAGGACUAAUCAAUCUCGGCAACACGUGCUUUAUGAACUGCAUCGUCCAGGCCCUGACCCACACUCCCAUACUGAGAGAUUUCUUCCUCUCUGACAGGCACCGAUGUGAAAUGCCCAGUCCUGAGUUGUGUCUGGUCUGUGAGAUGUCUUCACUCUUUCGGGAGUUGUAUUCUGGAAACCCGUCUCCUCACGUUCCCUAUAAGUUACUGCACCUGGUGUGGAUACAUGCUCGUCAUUUAGCAGGGUACAGGCAACAGGAUGCCCACGAGUUCCUCAUCGCAGCAUUAGAUGUGCUGCACAGGCACUGCAAAGGUGAUGAUGUAGGGAAGGCAGCCAACAAUCCCAACCACUGUAACUGCAUCAUAGACCAAAUCUUCACAGGUGGCCUGCAGUCUGAUGUCACCUGUCAAGCCUGCCAUGGCGUCUCCACGACCAUAGACCCAUGCUGGGACAUCAGUUUGGACUUGCCUGGCUCUUGCACCUCCUUCUGGCCCAUGAGUCCAGGGAGGGAGAGCAGUGUGAAUGGGGAAAGCCACAUACCAGGCAUCACCACCCUCACAGACUGCUUGCGAAGGUUUACAAGGCCAGAGCACUUAGGAAGCAGUGCCAAAAUCAAAUGUGGCAGUUGCCAAAGCUACCAGGAAUCAACCAAACAGCUCACAAUGAAUAAAUUACCAGUUGUUGCCUGUUUUCAUUUCAAACGGUUUGAACACUCAGCCAAACAGAGGCGCAAGAUCACUACAUACAUUUCCUUUCCUCUGGAGCUGGAUAUGACACCGUUUAUGGCCUCGAGUAAAGAGAGCAGAAUGAAUGGACAGUUGCAGCUGCCAACCAAUAGUGGAAGCAACGAGAAUAAGUAUUCCUUGUUUGCUGUGGUUAAUCACCAAGGAACCUUGGAGAGUGGCCACUACACCAGCUUCAUCCGGCACCACAAGGACCAGUGGUUCAAAUGUGAUGAUGCUGUCAUCACCAAGGCCAGUAUUAAGGACGUGCUGGACAGUGAAGGGUAUUUACUCUUCUAUCACAAACAGGUCCUGGAACAUGAGUCAGAAAAAGUGAAAGAAAUGAACACACAAGCCUACUGAAGCGACACACAGACUACCUGUAAUGGAAGAUGACGACACCCGUACUACAACUGGCAUCAAGAUUUAAGGACCUACUUGACCAUGGCCCAUGGGCCUGACAGAGUAAGAAUUGAACAGUACCCAGUGUCCAAACGGUCCUGAUGGAAGAGAAAUAGAAGGGGAGGGAGAAGAGGCUCUAGUCUAGGCAGUCACUUAAAGGAAAAUUAAAUGGCAGGAAUGCUCUGGUGGGGAAGGCAGGAGCAGGGAAAUCGUGACACUGGUACAUAUCCUAUAUUCCUCCAAAAGGUUG